AUGGAGUUUCCCUUUGUCCUCGUUUUUACAGAUUUUUCUAAUGACGACAACUGGGUUUGUUUUUCCAGAUUAUCGCAACCGGCGGUGCCGUUUCGCGAAACUCGAGCGAAUGUGAUCGAGCUCGAGUCCGGCGAGUUCGUGCUCCUCCUCUCCCUCUCCACGCUCCCCUACACGCAAUUAAUCUCCAUCGAUCCCGUCACCGGCGCUCUCCGCUUCGCCAACCGUCCCGGCCUCGACGUUUUCCGCACCGAAUCCGACGCGCUUUUCGCCGCGACACGUGGCAACACCGUGGCCGUCCGAUCUGCCGUGCACGGCCGCGCGCUCAUCGGCUACGCGGCCUUCAACACCGUCGGAUUGCUCCUCGUCGCGACGCGCGUACGCGCCACCGUCCGAUCCCUCCCGUCCGGCCCCGAUACAAUCUACACCGUUACCGAAUCCCAAUGGGUCAAAAUUCCUCUAAAAUCCCCCUCCGGAGCCGCGUCCCUAACCAAAUCCGAAUCUAAAGCCGUGCAAGACCUAGCUGACGUGUCAAUCGCCGAUUUGCACUAUUUCUGCGAGACUAGAGACAUUACUCGCCCAUUCCCCAGCACCCACCCGCCAUGGGACCCGGACUGGGAAUUCGCCUGGAACGAGUUCCUCUCCGCGCCGUUCCGCGCGCUGGGCUUGCGCGCGCACUGCGCGGUGCUUCUCCAGGGUCUGGCGGAGCUGCGCGCGUUCUCCGACGCGAACGCGCGCAUGGCGCACGUGGUGUCCCUGGCGCGGCGGAGCAGGCUGCACCCGGGAACGCGGUACCUGGCGCGCGGAAUAAACUCCGCUGCUGGCACAGGCAACGAGGUGGAAUGCGAGCAGAUCGUCUGGGUCCCCCCCCCUCCUGGAAACCUCUCCUCUUCAACCCCAGGCUUCCCCUCUAGCUCCUCUCCCUCGGUCUCCCCCUCCUCCUCGCUCUCCUCGCUCUCCUCCCUCUCCUCCUACCCCUCCUCCUACCAAUCCCCAUCAGCAUCCCCAUCCCCAUCCCCAGCACCAGCACCAGCACCAGGAAACUCAGCACCUCCUGUGGAAUAUUCAACGUUUAUAUGGCGGAGGGGGACGGUGCCGAUAUGGUGGGGAGCGGAGAUCAAGUCGUCUAUCCAGGAUGCUGAGAUAUUUGUAGCAGAGACUCAGGCGGAAGGGAUUGCUCCGUACUUCGCCCGGCUUCUUCGGCGCUACUCCCCCUCCUCUCUCUCCUCCUCUCACUCCUUAUCUCACUCCUCUCAUCCCUCCUCUUCUCCCGCCGCCCUCCCGCCGCCCCGGAAGUUCCCCAUAGUCUGCGUGAACCUGCUUCGCAUUGGGGUCGGCAAGCCCGAACUUAUUCUCUCCGACCACUUCCAGCAGGCCGUCCGCUCCGCGCGCUGCCGCCCGGAGCUGCGGGCGGCGUCGCUCGACUUAUUCACGUACGACUGGCAUGCGAUGACCCGCGCGGUGGGGGAGGCUGCAACUGUGGAGGGGCUGUGGCAGCGGCUCAAGGUGCCUCUGCAGGGGAUCGGGUUUACCCUGGGGAGGUGGCACCCGGGGGAGGUAGCAACUGGAUCUGGAGGAGUGGCAGGUGGAGGAGGGAUGGCAGCUGGGAAUGCGAGAGGAGGGGGGGAGGAGGGGGGAGUGGGUGAGAAAGCGGUGAUUCAGAACGUGGGGUUGCAAGGAGGGGUGUUUGAGGUGGUGAGGCGGCAGCAUGGCAUGGUGCGAUUCAACUGCGCCGACUCUUUGGAUCGCACCAACGCUGCUAGUUUCUUCGGUGCCUUGCAGGUGAGGCAGCAGCACGGCAUGGUGCGAUUCAACUGUGCUGAUUCCCUCGACCGCACCAACGCUGCCAGCUUCUUUGGCGCGCUGCAGAUGAGGCGGCAGCAUUGCAUGGUGCGUUUCAACUGUGCUGACUCUCUGGAUCGCACCAACGCUGCCAGCUUCUUUGACAUGAGUGUGAGGGAAUUCCAAGCCACGGUUCUCCCAUCCGCCGUCACAGCCGUUGCAGACCUCUUUUCAAUAGCCGGUGACGUGCAUGCAACUCUCUACACCGGCUCUCGGGCCAUGCACUCCCACAUCAUCCAUAUUUUCAGCAGCGAUCCUAGCAAGGCCAAGAAAGGUGCUGCUGCCAGCGCGACAAACAUCGGGAUUUCCCUGCAGAGGAGGUUUUUGAAUCUCGUUUGGGAUGCUACCAGGCAACGGCAGCUCGAGGUUUUUCUCGGGCUGCGCCGGCACAAGUAUUUCUCCUUUUCGCUGCCCGACCGCCCGCUCCUGACCGUCUCCCUGCCCUCCUCCGCCGGAGGAGGCUCGGGGCACGCACAUGUCCUCCGGCCGGUCCCGAGCCUGUUUCCAAGCCUGUACCGGACCGACUCGCUGAUCAGUUCUUAUGGUGCCGGUGCUACAAGCAAGGGGAUGGUGUGGGUGGUACCGGGGUGGGUGCCACUGGUGGAGGUACAUCUGUGCGUGGCGGUCCCCUGCCAUGUGACCCACGUGCUGCUCACUGUCGCUCAUGGAGCGGACGACUCUCUCUCUCCGCCCCGCUUCGAUGUGCGCGUGGGAAGGACUAUCGACUCACUGCAUCUAGUUGCUGAGGGUCUCACCAUCCCCCGCUGCGCCAGCGGCACAGUCCUGCAAUACCCCCUUCCUGCGCCCAAGCCCACCCGUCCCUCUGCUCCUGCUGCUCCCGCUCCUGCUGCUUCCGAUGCCGUUGCUGCUCGCAAGUUCAGUGAAUCAGGGGCGCCCAGUGGGGGGGCGCUGGGCUAUGCAGGGACGCGAUCUGCCCCUGGCCCUGUGUUCAUGGAGGGAUAUAUAGGGCAGCAGGGCAGUGCGUACCAGCAGCAGCAGCAGCAGCAGCAGCAACAGCAGCAAGGAACUGGUUAUCUGCAUCAACAGCAGCAGGGCGUGUAUGAGAGGGGAGGGGCGGUGUCGUCGUCGCUGCUCUACGAUUACACAGAGGAGGGCGAUGGGAGAAUCGACUUCUUGACCCGCUUUGUCUCGAUCACCUUCUACCCGCCUGCUGCUGCGUCUGCUGCAUUUGGCGGUGGCGGUGGCGGUGCCAACAGUACCGGUUCCCCCAUGACUCUUGGACAGAUCGAGCUGGAGGCUGGAAGCUUCCAGGAAGCUCAUCAUCUACGUCAUCAGCAGGAGCAGGAGGAGGAGCAGGAGGAGGAGGAGGAGGAGGAGGAGGAGGAGGAGGAGGAGGAGGAGGAGGAGCGGGGGGAGAAGGGAUAG